AGCACUGCACGCGUCAGGAAUACCGAGGUAACUUUUUGGCGCAUCCAUAACCACACUCCUGGACCCUCAAAACCCAUCCCCCGUCCACCCAUCCCAGUCCGGAUACUGCCUCCACCACAGACAGACUCCAGCCAGACAAGCCUGCACCAAAACACACUCAAGCUCUAGCGCCUCCCCGCGAGGCGGCUUGACCCCAUGGCAGCCCCGACCGGAGCCAGGCCUCCUCCGCCAGAGCCCUCGCCCUUCCCCUACGCCGCCGCCCCCGACAUCAUCCGCGCGCACCAGAAGGACGCCUACUUUUCGGGCGUGCUCACGAACCAGCUGACGGACCUGCACCGCCGCCUCCUCGGCGCCCGCUCCGCCCACGCCUGGGCCGGGCCGGCCCGCCAGGCCGCCGACGUCGCCUACCUGGCCCUGACGACCCUGAUCGGCAAUCGCACCCUGGGCGAGGAGUACUGCGACCUGCUCCAGGUCGAGUCGGAGCCGGCCCUGCCGCUGCCCUUCCUGGGCGACGGCGCGGGAUACAACAGCCGCGCCCCACGCCUGCCCUCGGUGGCCCGCCGCGCCGCCUACAUCGUCGCCAGCAUACUGGUGCCCCAUCUCUUCUCGCGACUCCUGCCUUCGAUAAGGGGCGUGCUGCGGAGGCGGCUGGAGGCGCGCCUGCGCACCCUGGCCGCGAGGGCCGGCCGCGCCGCGUCCUCGGCACCCGCUGCCACCGCAACAACAACCGCAACCCCCACAUCUUCUCUGAAAAAGAGCAGCCCGCAAAAGACGGCGGCGCCCGCCGUCCCUCUCGAGGCCCGCAUCGAGCGCUACAUACUCGAGCACCUGCCGGUCCUGACGAGCGGCGCGCCCUGGCAGGCCGCCGCCCUGACGGCCUUCUACUUUGGCGGCGCCUACUACAACCUGGCCAAGCGCGCCGUCGGCCUGCGCUACAUAUUCACCCGCAACGUGACGGGCGGGCCCGCCGCCGCCGGCCGCGACGGCCGCGGUGGCUACGAGAUACUCGGCGUGCUCAUGGUCGUCCAGUUCGCCAUCCAGGCCUACCUGCACGCCCGCUCCGUGCUGGCCAGCCCCGCGCCCUCGGGCUCCUCCUCCUCCCCUGGGGCCGACGAGCUCGCGGCCACCCACCACCACCACCACGCGUACGGCGUCGAGGUCAGCCUCGACCACGAGCACUCUUUCGCCUCCAAUAACGGCCUCCUCCUGUUCCCGGGCGAGCUGGCCGCGGCGGGGGCCGACGGCUCCGGCGCCGGCGCCACCGCCAUCGACGUCCCGCGCGCCACCCACACGCCCGUCGCGCCCGCCGCCCGCUACGACCUCUCGCGCGGCGGCCCGGCCGCCAUGAUGGGCUGGAUCAAGGGCCAACACCAGCGCAAGUGCACCCUCUGCCUCGACGAGAUGCGCGACCCGGCCGCCACGUCGUGCGGCCACGUCUUUUGCUGGUCCUGCAUCGGCGACUGGGUCCGCGAGAAGCCCGAGUGCCCCCUGUGCAGGCGCGAGGCCCUGGUCCAGCACAUCCUGCCCCUAAGGGCCGCCCUCGCAGCCUGAGCCGGGCUGGCUCGUUUUGCGUUCCCGUCCUUGCAAAUAGCAUCAUCCUUUGUAGCGUUUUAUGACCCAUUAAUAUUUUUGAGGACUUUGAUUUUUGAUUUUCAACGAAUGCUAGCUUGAACGUAUGAAUCAGACGCUCGUGUAGGCAAACAAAGAUGGAUUAAACGAAAAGACUUUGGAGGAAAUAAAACACUCAAAGAAGAAAAGAUGUCGGCCAAGGUCAAACAGUCAGUUGUACAGCAAUUAAUAAGAAGUCGGUGGCAGCCCAGCUGUCAUCAAAUAUGAUGCGCCA